CUCUGCAGAGUGCUCACUCCUUUGGGAUCCACAACAUGGUCCCGAAGGACUUACGGGGCCUUAGCCUGGUGAAUUUGGUCCGUUGUGUUUCCUCUGGUAGAAAUGAAACCACGAAUUCCGGGGUUUCUGGCUUUCCCUGCGUGCUGCCUCUUGGGGCAGCUGCGUCUCUGAGGGCGCACACAGCCAGCUCUCCCCGCCCCGGCCGCGCCCACUGGGCUGAGGCCACCACUCCCGCCGUUGAUGACAUCCAGGACAACCACCGCAGUUGGACUGCUGCACGAUGGCAGCGCCCCCUGGAUCCCCAUCUGCCCAGGCUGCAGAGGCGCCGCUGUCCCAGCCCGGGGAGCAAACGGUGGAGAUGGGCUCGGUCAGCAGAGCUGGUCGCCUCUCAUUCUGUACGAAGGUGUGCUAUGGCUUUGGUGGGAUCCCCAACCAGGUAGCUUCCAGCGCCAUAGCCUUUUACCUACAGCUGUUCCUGCUUGAUGUGGCACAGAUUCCUGCUGCCUACGUGUCACUUGUCCUGUUUGGAGGGAAGGUGUCUGGGGCAGCUGCCGACCCUGUAGCUGGAUUCUUCAUCAACAGAAGCAGGAGGAGAGGGUCUGGACGACUUAUGCCCUGGAUGCUCGGCUGCACACCCUUCAUCGCCCUGGCCUACUUCUUCCUGUGGUUCCUGCCCCCCUUCACCAGCCUGCGUGGCCUCUGGUAUACCACCUUCUACUGCCUGUUCCAGGCUAUGGCCACGUUCUUCCAGGUGCCCUACACAGCGCUCACUAUGCUCCUCACUCCCAGUCCCACGGAGCGGGAUUCUGCUACUGCAUACCGGAUGACCAUGGAGAUGGUGGGGACACUGAUGGGAGCCACUGUCCAUGGGUUCAUUGUGUCUGGUGCCCACCGGUCCAACCACUGUGUGGACACUGAGCUCCCAGUGCCUGCUGCUAUCUCCCCGGAUGCCACUCGUCUCUACUCCAUUGCAGCCGCUGUGGUGGUGGUGACUUACCACGUUUGCAGUGGUUUGCUCUGCCUAGGGGUGAAGGAGCAGCCAGAUCCUUCUGCCUCUGCUUCAGGCCAAGGCCUGGGCUUCCUGGCUGGGCUGGGCCUCACUGCCCGGCACCCACCCUAUCUGAAGCUAGUGGUCUCCUUCCUGUUCAUCUCAACUGCUGUUCAGGUGGAGCAGAGCUACCUGGUCCUGUUCUGUACUCAUGCCUCCCGGCUCCACGACCACGUCCAAAACUUGGUGCUCAUCAUCCUGGUCUCAGCUGUGCUGAGCACCCCCUUGUGGGAGUGGGUUCUCCAGAGAUUUGGGAAGAGGACACCAGCCUUCGGGAUCUUUAUGAUGGUGCCUUUUGCAAUCUUACUGGCUGCUAUGCCCACAGCACCUGUGGCAUAUGUUGUGGCCUUUGUCUCUGGUGUGAGCACUGCUGUGUCCUUGCUGCUACCAUGGUCCAUUCUGCCAGAUGUGGUGGAUGAUUUCCAGCUGCAGCACCGGCACGGCCCUGGUCUAGAGACGAUCUUCUAUGCAUCCUAUGUUUUCUUCACCAAACUUUCAAGCGCUGGCGCCUUGGGCAUCUCCACCCUCAGUCUGCAGUUUGCAGGAUAUAAGGCAGGAGCCUGCAAGCAGACAGAGGAAGUAGUGGUCACCCUCAAAGUCCUCAUCGGUGCUGUGCCCACCUGCAUGAUCCUGGCUGGUCUGUGCAUCCUCAUGGUUGGCCCCACUCCCAAGGUGCCAAGUCAGGACACCUCCUUCCAGCUAAGCCUUCGGAGGAGGACCAGCUACAGCCUCGCUUAAAAUUUGAAGGACACCCACCUGUAAUCCCAGCAACCCCAGGAGUCUGAGGCAAGAAGAUCACAAGUUUGAUGCCAGUCUGAGCAACUUAGGAAGACCCUGUCUCAAAAUAAAAAAUUUUAAAAGGGCUAGGGAUAUAGCUAGUGGUAGAGCACCCCCUGGAUUCAAUCCCAGAACCAGAAAAGGAAGUGUGAGAGAACUUCCCAUGAGCUGGGACAGCAGGAACCUGUGUUUUAGAGGUCUUAAGUCCCUCUCCCGACUCAGCCCUUGAGCACCUACCUAGCAGUUGAGCACACAGCAUUUACUGGCGUGUGGAGUCUUCAGUAAAUCUUCCCUGAGUCUCCCAAAGGAACUGGUCUGGGCUUCAAAAUCCCAACAUGGCAUCUCUCACCUGUCAACCAGACUCUCUCACAUAGGUCUGCACCUCUGACUACCCAGCCCCAGGCAGCCUUUGAUGUGAAAAAUCAUCCUAAUAGCAACUAUUUCUGGAAAAAAGAAGCCCUAUCCAGCCUGGCCUACAACUCUCUACGGUAAUAGUAGGCCCAACCAAGAUGAUUAGAUGGCAAAAUUCCAACAGAAGGACAGACAUACAGACUCUUUAGUUCUGAGGCUCCAGUGGACAUCUGAAGACACAGAAACUAGCCACUCUGGAGCCUGAGGCAGGAGGACCACAAGUUCAACACCAGCAACUGAGUGAGACCCUGCCUCAAAAAAUAAAAAAGAGGGCUGAGGAUGGAACUCAGUGGUAGAAUGCUCCUGGGUUUAAUCCCCAGUACCUCAAAAGAAAAAAAAAAAAUAUCCACUCAUAAUGGAUUUAAGAUUUAUAAGAUAAGGAAUUAUUAGAAGAAAACAGCAGAAUACUGAUUAAAGACAU